AUGGAUCCCUCCACGCCGGCCAUCGAGAACGUUGCCGCGGGCGAUACAGAGCAAGCCGCGCCGGCUACUCUAACACGGCGCGACAGCACUUCUCAGCGGAGUGACAAUUCCCAGACGGCAGCCGACAUCCUCCGGGAACAGGAGCAGCUUGAAGCUGACGCGCGCGAAGCCCUACCAUACAGCAUCUCGAACUGCACCAAAGACCUCGGAGCCCUUCGUCAAAAUGUCUACUCAUGCCUCACCUGCAACCCUCUCCCCGCGAAUCCGACCGACCCAUACAAUGCCGCGGGAAUCUGCUACGCGUGCUCGGUGCAAUGUCAUGGCGAACACCAGCUCGUCGAGAUCUUUGCCAAGCGCAACUUCACCUGCGACUGUGGCACCACGCGCCUACCUGCGACGAGCCCUUGCACCCUGCGCUUGGAUCCUACGACCAAUGCCAAGGGUGACGUCCACUCUGAAGAGCCAGCGGCCAACAACAAAUACAACCAGAACUUUCGCAACAGAUUUUGCGUCUGCGAGUGCGAUUACGACCCCUUCCAACAGAAAGGGACCAUGUACCAAUGCCUGGGACUGGGCACACACGAGACGGGAGGCUGCGGUGAGGACUGGUAUCAUCCUGGCUGCAUCAUGGGUCUCGGACCUAGGUGGUACGAGAAGAUGGAAGGGAAGAAACCUGAGCAUACUGCAUGCUCUCAUAGUGGCGCCUUGGCCUCAAUAUCAGAGGCAGCCGAGACAGAAGUUCAGAGUGAAUCCGAUGCGCCUGCGCCUGCGCCUGCGCCUGCGCCUGCGCCAGCAACGGCCAAUGAGACAGGAGACGACAAUGAGGAGGAAACACCGAACCCUGCCGGGUUCCCCGCGGAUGACGACUUCGAGAGUUUCAUCUGCUUCAAAUGCGUCGACACAGCCCCUUGGAUCAAGCGAUAUGCCGGUACCCCAGGAUUCCUCCUCCCGGUACACUAUAGGCCCGAAGGUGACAGCGAAGAGAAGACCGUCUCGGACGAGGCCCCUGGUGACUUGAACAAGAAGCGCAAGGCAGAGGACGGUGACACCGUGGAUUCUCAAGAGUCAAAGAGGCUUAAGGUCGAGUCGGAUGCCGUGGGCAAUGCUGAUGCCGAGCCCAAGCCUGAAGACGACAGCACCGUGGUUACAGAGUCCAAGGUCGAUACUAAGCCCGAAGCCUGCAAAUACGAGGCUUUGCCUUCAACACCAGAGGGAACGUUCUCCUUGUUCUGCGCCGAGUCGUUUAGGGACCGUCUCUGCAGAUGUACAAGUUGCUUCCCUAACCUUGCACCGCAUUCCCAGCUUAUAGAGGACGAGGAAGUGUACGAGCCUCCGGUUUCUGAGGAUGGAUCCGACAACGGUGGUUCAACUCACGGCAGCGGCAGCCUGUACGAGAGGGGCGAGAGUGCCCUGCGCAACGUGGACCGGGUACGCGCCAUCGAGGGUGUCAUGGCUUACAAUCAGCUCAAGGACAAGCUGAAGCCUUUCUUCCAACAAUUUGCGGAUAGCGGGCAAGCCAUCAGCGCAGACGACAUCAAGGAGUAUUUUGCGAAGCUGCGCGGUGACGAUGAAGCAAUCAAGGAGGCGGGCGAGUCUGCCAACAAGUCGGAUCACCGGCACGAGCAAGCUGGAUAUUGA